AACAUUGAGAAAGCUUGUCCCAUUCUCUCCCAUCUUUACCCUUUUUCCUCUUUGUUUCUUCCACACACACGCUACGCUGCCUAUACUGCUUUUUCUACUCUUCCGAGUACAACUCUAUAUCCUUAUUUCUCUUACUUCUUUUUCCAUGUCAACCUCUCUUCAUUAGCUUUUCCUCCUCCCUUUCAUCUUUAUCCAUUCACUCAACACACCAAAUGUUUUACCCAUUUACGCUCAUCAUCCUAUCCAACAACAAUUUUUAAAUUUUAAUUCCAUUUCUAUCCUCUUUCUCUAGCCCUGUGUUCCUUUCAAACAAAAAUACAAAAACCUAAAACUGUCCUUUAUUGUAACAAAGGAAAAGACACCACCACCCCAUCUUACCCAUUUCAUCUUUGAUUGCGAUUUUAUUAACUUUGUCGUGUAGCAAGGGUUUCUUAAUUUCUUCCUCUUUUCAUUUUUAUUUUGAUCUUUCUUUCUCUUCAUUGAACAUGAGUUUAACCACAGCAAAAGACGAUUCAUCUUCGGAAAUUCACAUACCAGCUGAAAUCGAUUGGCACAUGUUAGAUAAAUCCAAGUUUUUCUUCCUCGGCGCCGCCUUAUUCUCCGGUGUCUCCGCCGCACUUUAUCCGAUGGUGGUUUUAAAAACUCGCCAACAGGUUUCUUCUUCUCAUUAUUCUUGUCUCAACAUGUCAUAUGCUAUCAUGCGCCAUGAAGGUUUUAGAGGUUUUUACAAAGGUUUUGGUACUUCUUUAAUGGGUACUAUACCUGCUAGAGCACUUUACAUGACAGCACUUGAAGUAACUAAGAGUAACGUUGCUACUGCUUUUGUUGAAUUGGGUUUUUCUGAUAACACUGCUACUGCUAUAGCUAGUGCUGCAGCUGGUGUUACUUCUGCUAUGUCUGCACAAUUAGUUUGGACCCCAAUUGAUGUUGUUAGUCAAAGACUCAUGGUUCAAGGUACUUGUAGUAAUAAUGGUGGACGAAAUAGUGCUAUUUUAGCUAAUCUUAAUUCUGAGAAUUAUAGAAAUGGUUUUGAUGUUUUUAGAAAAAUUCUUUAUGCUGAUGGAGCAAGAGGGUUAUAUAGAGGAUUUGGGAUUUCAAUUUUGACUUAUGCACCAUCUAAUGCUGUUUGGUGGACUUCUUAUUCUAUGGUUCAUAGGUUUAUAUGGGGUGCUUUUGGUUCAUGUUUGUGUAAAAAGGAAGACAAAGAGAGUGGUAAUAGUGGAUGUGUUGGUUUUAGGCCUAAUUCUAAGGCAAUGAUUGGUGUACAAGGUUUCAGUGCGGUUGUUGCUAGUGGAGUUUCUGCAAUUGUGACAAUGCCUUUUGAUACAAUUAAGACUAGGUUGCAGGUUUUGGAUACAGAGGUGAAUGGAAGAAAGAGACCUUUAACUUUUGUGCAGACAGUGAGGAAUUUGGUGAAUGAAGGUGGUUUGUUUGCUUGUUAUAGAGGAUUGGGUCCAAGGUGGGUUUCAAUGUCUAUGUCUGCCACAACUAUGAUUACUACUUAUGAGUUUUUGAAACGUAUGUCUACUAAGAGGCAAGAUUAAUUCAAUUCACUUUUAUGAUCGUAUAGGAUACUUUCAGUUAUAGUUUUAAAUUGCUGUCCAUAACUACAAUUAUGGUCGUAAUAUCACGGAUUUUGAAGUUGUCGUAUCAACAUUGCAACCGCAAUUUCGAUCGCAUCAAUCACAUUCUUCUACAUUUCAUCGCAAUGUAAAAAUUCGAAGUGUAACUACAGCUGCAAUUUAAAAUCAUGCUUUUUAGUGGUAUAAAAGACUAGUACAUAGGAUUAGGAUUAUUUUUUUUUCCUUUUGUUUCCAUUGGAAUGUUUGUAAAUUUUAGUUUGUUAUGGUCUUUGAUGCUCAUAUGAUGGAUGAGCUUGUAUAUUCUACUCUUUUGCCUUUUCUAAAAUUUAAGUUACAAACAGACGUUUCCUUAUAAUUGUUACUAUUAUUUUUGAA